CCCCUCCCAAACGGGCCCUAUACUUUCCUUUCAUUCUCUCUCUCAAUCUCGCCGCAAAAUCCUCUCUCUCUCUCUCUCUCUCUCUCCAUCUCUCUCACACACACACACAGUUUCUCUCUCUAAAUCUGCGGAUUACAAGAGAAUUUUGUCUUACGUUUUCUUGCAGGAAAUACAUACACAUCCCAUAAAUGUGCAUUUUGUUCUUUGUGCCGGAGUGAGUGUGUGUGUGUCAGUGUCACCCACUUCACCUCAAUCAACACGCACAAAAACACACCCCCCACCUGUUCGACUGAAUGCAUCAAAAUCAGCCUCACCACAACUGAAAGAGAUGUUGAGCUUUUUCUCCAGAAAAGAUGUCAGGAAAAUACUCAAGCGCAAAGACAGUGACGCCGGCGAAAGAGGUAGAGCUUUGGAGGAAUUACGCUCUUCCAUGUUUAGUAAAUUGCGUUCGAUCGGUGGGGCCAAACGCCCGCAACAAUCACUAUGGGGGCCCACUGUUGCUCUUACAUUUAAUUUUUUGGCUUCUAUUAGUAUUAUCUUGAUGAACAAAUUGGUACUUGUCAACACUGGAUUUAAUUAUCCGAUUUUCUUGAGUUUUAUUCACUAUGUAGUUAGUUGGUUAAUAAUGGCGAUUUUAAAAACUCUGUCGAUUCUAUCUCUGUCUGCUCCGUCAAAGUCAACGAAAUAUUCUUCCUUGUUGUCUCUUGGUAUAGUUAUGUCUCUUUCCACCGGUCUUGCGAAUGUUAGCUUGAAAUAUAACAGUGUUGGAUUUUAUCAGAUGGCUAAGAUUGCAGUGACCCCAGCUAUUGUUUUAGCUGAGUUCGUGCUCUUCAGGAAAAGAAUUUCGACUCAAAAGGUGCUUGCACUUACUGUAGUAUCAAUCGGUGUUGCCGUUGCUACAGUAACAGAUCUUCAGUUUCAUUUCUUCGGUGCUUGCAUAGCAGUAGCAUGGAUCGUACCAAGUGCAGUUAAUAAAAUACUGUGGUCUAAUCUCCAACAACAAGACAACUGGAGCGCCCUAGCGCUAAUGUGGAAAACGACACCUAUUACUCUGUUCUUUCUGGUGAUGCUAAUGCCAUCACUGGACCCACCUGGUGUGUUUUCUUUCGAUUGGAAUGUUUAUAACUCUGCGAUUAUCGGUGGCUCGGCUAUUCUCGGUUUCUUGCUUCAGUGGUCCGGUGCUCUUGCUCUUGGGGCAACCUCGGCCACGACACAUGUAGUUCUUGGACAGUUCAAAACAUGUGUAAUUCUUCUCGGAGGGUUUGUUCUGUUUGGUUCAAAUCCGGGACCCACGAGCAUUUUGGGAGCAGCCAUUGCUCUUACGGGAAUGUCUUACUACACGUACCUCAACUUGCAGUCGAGACAGCAAUCCGCAAAGGCAUCUUCGAGGCAAUCUACACUUCCAUUAUCGAAAUCUAAGCUAGGCAAGGAAGAUGGUGGUGAUGUCCACGUGGAGGUGGUGGAUAACACGCUGGAAGAGCAGAGACCGUAACUAUAUCGACUCUGGUGAAAAGGCUCCUUUUUACUCUCUAACUCUGCUGCCUUCCUUUUUUUACCGAGUUCCAAUUUUGAGUCUGGUUUUUUUUAGUUGAUUCUCUUGGUUCUUUGGCACUAUUUAGUAUUUAGUGUUUAAUAUAUUGAUACCCUAAAGGCAAAAUUCGAUAUUCGAUAUUCGAUAUUAGUUUUUUGUUUUUUUUUUCUUCUCAUUUGGUUGAUCACGUUAAGAAGGGCUUGUAAAUGCUGAGUAAUGAAAAUUUUAUUAGUUCAAUUGAUUAGUGUAUAAUGUAUAUAUUAUUGCUUAA